ACGCGCAGGACAGGUGUGAAUGAACGCGCACCUGAGCCCGUUUGAAUGCGUGAACUUACUGCAAACGGAGUUUAAUCAGGAGUUUAUUAGUCCUUCCGUAGACUUUCAGCUCAUGUUUCGUGACAGAAUCGCAUUUUCAUCUCGCAUACUUACUUUAUUAUGAUGACCAAUAAUCCCUCCAUAUUUAAUAACACAGUUUCAGAUGGAUUAAGAGAAGAAGCGCGUGGGGACAUGACGAGAUGCGUUGAGGAAUAACAGAGCAAUAUCUCGGCAGAAUAAACCAGCAGAAUGACGAAUCUUCUGGCCCUCGUCUGUGUGAUCGGCUUCAGAUUGAUGGUCUGUGUUCACAGUGGGUUUAUCGAGCCGUCUCCGUCUCUUUCCCUGCGCUCGUUCUCUGAUGCACAGACCCGGUUGCCCUGCCGCUUUAGGGCGGAGGCCAAUGAGGACGUGGUGCAGGUGACCUGGUCCAGACAGAAACCAGGAGGAGAACGAGAACAGAUUAUCACCGGACACUUUAUUCAAGGACCCGAAGCGUCUCCUGAUUUUCUGAAUCGUGUUCAGUUCGAGAGCUCCGAACCGACCGUCGACUCCACGCUGUUGAUUCUGAACACAAAGAAAGCUGAUCAGGCCACAUACACCUGCCACAUCUCCACCUUUCCCUCUGGAAGCUUCGAGAGACAAAUCAGUCUGACUGUCUGGAUUUAUCCGAUCUCGUCUCUGGAUCCGGUGAUCCUUGAGGAAGGCCAGUCGUUCCGCGCAGCUGCUUUCUGUCGUGCGGUUGGACACCCUCCGCCGCAUUUGUCAUGGGACACGGACGUUCCUGGGCAGUCUCAGAACCGUACUGGAGAGGAUGGAGUCGUAACCUCGCAGUUUUCCCUUCAUCCACUGCGCAGCAUGAACAAACAGCGCUUGGACUGUCUGGUGUGGCAUCCGGCUCUCGACGGCCCGCACAGAAUCAGCAACAAACUCAUUGUGCACUAUCCUCCUGAUGCAGUGAUCGCUGAUUCUGGUUCCUGGAGAAUCGGACACUCGGGAUCUGAGCUCAGAUGUGUGGUUAAAGGAAACCCGUUGCCUCAAAACAUCACGUGGAGCAGGAAGGCCGGUCGUCUCCCAGCAGGAGUGUUGGUUCAGGAGGACAGACUGGUGUUUGUUCGGCCUCUGAACGUGACGGAUGAAGGAGUGUACAUCUGUCAGACCGCUAACAGCGUGGGAAUCGCUAAAGCCGAGUUUAAAGUGGAGAUCGGAAGUAGGUGUUCAAUCUACUAAAGAUACAAAUGACACAAGA